CUCUGUGCCCGCCAUCCCUCCGCAGCCAGGCAGACCGCAGAAACUGACAAGAGUAGCCGACUGACGGAGGGCUAAGCCAAGAUGGGACGAGACAUCUGGUACGACAGAGCCAGCACAACAACAGGAAGUCUGGUGUAGAAGCUGAACCAGAAGAGAGCCCAGGCAGCAGUAGUAGCAGCGACAGCAGUGGUGGGGCGGUAGAUGCCCUCCCCUCAGCCCCAGGCCCAGUUCCUCCCCAGGCCCCUUUAGGAGAGAAGAGAGAGGACAGCUCCUGCUUUGACAGCUCUGUAGACUCCAGUGAGGAAGAGGAGGACAAAGAGGAGGACCCUGCCAUGUUCUCUAACUUUCUAAGCGGGGCCAACCCCCUCAGCUCUGUCUCCUCUGCUGUCAGAGGAGGUCUUUUUGGGGACAAUGGGGAGGUUGACAAACAGAAAGCAGGUCCUCAGCUUCCUGGGUCAGUUCCUGGCCCUGCGAAUGCCCCACAGCAGCAACAGGGAGGACCCCAGCUGCAGGGGAACGGUCAGGCUGGUCAACCAGCCAAACCUAGUGGGCAGCAAGCCCCCGCUAAGGGUGAACCACAACAGCAAGGACCUCCUAAGGGUGGUCCACAACAGCAAGGACCUCCUAAGGAUGGUCCACAACAGCAAGCCCCUCAACAGCAAGGACCUACAAAAGGUGUACCACAACAACAAGCCCCCCAACAGCAAAACACUGCUAGGGGUGGACCACAACAGCAAGCACCUGAUAUAGGUGGACCGCAACAACAAGGGUCACCUAAGGUUGGCGCUCAGCCACAAGUGUCCCCUAAGGGUGUACCACAACAGCAAAGACCUGCUAAAGAUGGACCCCAACAGCAAGGGUCACCUAAAGUUGGAGUUCUGCCACAAAAUCCUAAGGGACCACAACAGCAAGGACCUGCUAAGGGUGGACCCCAACAGCAAGGAUCCCCUAAGGUUGGAGCUCAGCCACAAGGGUCCCCUAAGAUUGGCACUCAGCAGCAUGGUUCCCCUAGGACUACACCACAGCAGCAGGGUUCCCCUAGGACUACACCACAGCAGCAGGGUUCCCCUAGGACUACACCACAGCAGCAGGGUUCCCCUAGGACUACACCACAGCAGCAGGGUUCCCCUAGGACUACACCACAGCAGCAGGGUUCCCCUAGGACUACACCACAGCAGCAGGGUUCCCCUAGGACUACACCACAGCAGCAAGCCACUGGUAAAGCUGGGCAUCAGUCUAAAGCCGGACCUAUGGCUGGAGCUAAACCCCUGUGCCCAGUGUGUAACACUACCGGACUCAACCUACACUCCAAGGAGCCACCCAACUAUAACACCUGCACACAGUGUAAGACUGUCGUCUGCAGCUUCUGUGGCUUCAGUCCUCCUGACUCUGGCGGUAAGGAGUGGCUGUGUCUGACCUGCCAGAUGCAAAGAGCACUCGGAGGCUCUGACCCACCUGGACCCCCAAAGAUGAAACCCCAUGCUUCACCCAACAAAGCCUCUAUAUCUCCUGCACCACAGAAGAAAGACACCUCUACACAAGGCUCCAUCCAGAAAAACCCUAUUACAUCAGCAACACAGCCACCCAAGGCAGAGACUGCUAAAGCAGCAGACCCUCAGACACCGGCUAGCCCAGUACCUGCCCAGAAUGCACCACAGGGGAACCGGAGAACAUCAGGGCCUCAGAAACCGCCAGCGCAGCCAGGCCAACCUGGGCAUAAGCAGAGUAAUGCCACCCCAUGCACACAGGAGGAGCCUGAGAAGCCUCAGCAAGAGCUUCCAAAGGAUGGAGCCUCUCCUGCCAACGUUGUGCCACAGCUACAGGCUCAGGCCCCCAAGCAAGAGUCAGGGGGCUUCUUUGGCUUUGGUGGCCCUAAAUCUCAGAUUUCCUCAAAGCCUGAAGAUUCAGUGUCUGGUAAGAUGUUUGGCUUUGGCUCCUCCAUCUUCAGCUCUGCAUCCACUUUGAUCACCUCUGCUGUUCAGGAUGAGCCCCACACCACUCUCCCAGCUUCCCCCAUGGUGUCUGCACCGGCCUCUCCCAAGAUGCCCCCUGCAAAGGAGACCAAACCACCUGCUGUCCAGAAAGCAGAGGAGAAGAAAGCAGAGCAACCCCGACAGGCCAAGGUCCCCCCAUCAGUACAGGUCAACGUGGACAAACCCCCAUCAGAGCCUCCGAAGGGAACAGCAUCCUCCCAACCAUCUCCCAAAGCAGGCCAGUCCACCUGUCCACUCUGCAAGGUGGAACUCAACAAGGGCUCCAAGGACCCUCCCAACUACAACACCUGCACCGAAUGCAAGAACACUGUCUGCAACCUCUGUGGAUUCAACCCCAUGACAAAUGUUACUGAGGUGAAGGAGUGGCUGUGUCUGAACUGCCAGAUGAAGAGAAUGGAACCCACAGGACCUCCCAUGAUGAAACCCCAAGCUUCUCCAAACAAAGGUUCUGCACCUCAGAAAUUCACUGUCACACCCAUCGCUACCCAAAAGAAAGACAUUCCAACACCAGGCUCCCCCCAGAGAAGACCUUCUACAUCAGCAACAGAGCCACUCAAGGCAGAUGCUGUUAGAGCAGCAGACCUUCAGAGACCAGCCAGCCCAGCACCUGUUCAGAAGGCACCACAGGAGAACCGGAGAACAUCAGGGCCUCAGAAACCACCAGAUCAGCCAGGGCAACCUGGGCAUGAGCGGAGCAAUGCCACCCUGUCACAGCAGGUGCCUGGGAAGCCUCAGCAAGAGCCUCCAAAAGGUGGGACAUCUCCUGCCAAAGCUGUGCCAACACUACAGGCCAAGCCCCCCAAGCAGGAGUCAGGGGGCUUCUUUGGUGGCUUUGGUGGUCCUAAAUCUCAGAUUUCCUCAAAGCCUGAAGAUUCAGUGUCUGGGAAGAUGUUUGGCUUUGGCUCCUCCAUCUUCAGCUCUGCAUCCACUUUGAUCACCUCAGCUGUUCAGGAUGAGCCCCACACCACACCGCCAGGUUCCCCCAUGGUGUCUGCAGCAGCCCAGGCCUCUCCCAAGAUGCCCCCUGCAAAGGAGACCAAAUCACCUGCUGCUCAGAAAGCAGAGGAGAAGAAAGCAGAGCAACCCCAACAGGCCAAGGUCCCCCCAUCAGUACAGGUCAACGUGGACAAACCCCCAUCAGAGCCUCCGAAGGGAACAGCAUCCUCCCAACCAUCUCCCAAAGCAGGCCAGUCCACCUGUCCACUCUGCAAGGUGGAACUCAACAAGGGCUCCAAGGACCCUCCAAACUACAACACCUGUACCGAAUGCAAGAACACUGUCUGCAACCUCUGUGGAUUCAACCCCAUGCCAAAUGUUACUGAGGUGAAUGUGUGGCUGUGUCUGAACUGCCAGAUGCACAGAGCACUUGGAGGAAUGGAACCUCAAGGACCGACCAUGAUGAAACCCAAGCCUUCCCCCAACAAAGUCUCUGCUCCUGCUGCUCGUCAAACAAGAGACACACCAACAGCAUCUGGUCCCCAAAAAGUGGCCACUGCACCAGCCUCACCCAACAAGGAGUCAGUGACUCCAGCCUCCCAGCCUGUCCCCUCAAAACCUGAAGAUUCAGUGUCUGGGAAGAUGUUUGGCUUUGGUUCCUCCAUCUUCAGCUCUGCAUCCACUUUGAUCACCUCAGCUGUUCAGGAUGAGCCCCACACCACACCGCCAGCUUCCCUCAAGGUGUCUGCACCCUUUGCGCUUCAAAAGCAGGAGACUCCCACACCAACUGGUGCCCAAAAAGGUGCACCAACACAAGUGUCACCCAAAAAAGAGGCUCAAACACCAGCCAUAGCCCCAAAGAAAGACACCCCAAUGCCAGCCUCCCCCCAGAGAAAGUCAGACUCCCCCACAAUGACUGCAAAGCAGGACCAGAAACCUUCAAGUCCUUUAAAACCAGGAGACCCAUCAGAGGCUAAGCAGGGGAGUGCUGCACAACCACAGCAGCAGCCCCUACAGCAGAAGACUCCACAAGUCCAGCCUCAGCAGACCCCAGGAAGUGCACUGAAAGCAGAACCUGUGAAACCUCAGCAGACCCCAGCAAGUGCACUGAAAGCAGAACCUGUGAAGCCUCAGCAACAGCCUCCUAAAGUUGGGACCUCUCCAGGACCGGCUCAGAAGACACCACAGGAAAACCGGAGAACAUCAGAAGUUCAGAAACCACCACAGCAACCCAGCCCUGGGCGUAGCCAGAGUAGUGCCAUUCCGUCCACACAGCAACACCCCAAGCAGGAGUCAGGAGGCUUCUUUGGCUUUGGUGGUCCCAAAUCUCAGUCUAUCCCCUCAAAGCCUGAAGAUUCAGUGUCUGGGAAGAUGUUUGGCUUUGGCUCCUCCAUCUUCAGCUCUGCAUCCACUUUGAUCACCUCAGCUGUUCAGGAUGAGCCCCACAUCACUCUGCCAGCUUCCCCCAUGGUGUCUGCACCGGCCUCUCCCAAGAUGCCCCCUGCAAAGGAGACCAAAACACCUGCUGUUCAGAAUGCAGAGGAGAAGAAAGCAGAGCAACCCCAACAGGCCAAGGUCCCCACAUUAUUACAGGCCAACGUGGACAAACCCCCAUCAGAGCCUCCAAUGGGAGCAGCAUCUUCCCAACCAGCUCUCAAAGCAGACCAGCCCACCUGUCCACUAUGUAAGAUGGAACUCAACAUGGGCUCCAAGGACCCUCCCAACUACAACACCUGUACCGAAUGCAAGAACACUGUCUGCAACCUCUGUGGAUUUAACCCCAUGCCAAGCGUUACUGAGAUGAAGGAGUGGCUGUGUCUGAACUGCCAGAUGCAGAGAGCUCUUGGAGGAAUUGAACCCCCAGAACCCCUCAUGAUGAAACUGUAUCCCGACAAAGUUUUUGCACCUCAAACAGUCACUGUGACACCUAUUGCAGCUCAAAAGGACAUUUCAACACCUGCUGCAUCUGUGAAGACAGACAGUCCAAUCCCAAGCUCCCAUCAAAAGAAACCAGUUCCCCCUGCAGCUGAUAUAUCAAAAGCUGAAGCUACUAAAGCAGCAGGCACACAAAUGCCGGCAAGCCCAGCUCAGAUGGCAUCACAAGGGAACCGGAGAGCUUCAGAACCUCAGAAACCACCACAGCAGCCCAGCCAGCCUGGGCGUAGGCAGAGUAGUGCCAUCCCAGACACACAGCAACACCCCAAGCAGGAGUCAGGAGGCUUCUUUGGCUUUGGUGGUCCCAAAUCUCAGUCUACCCCCUCAAAGGCUGAAGAGUCAGUGUCUGGUAAGAUGUUUGGCUUUGGCUCCUCCAUCUUCAGCUCUGCAUCCACUUUGAUCACCUCUGCUGUUCAGGAUGAGCCCCACACCACACUGCCAGGUUCCCCGAAGGUGUCUGCACUGGCCUCUCAUAAGUUGCCCCCUGCAAAGGAGACCAAACCACCUGCUACCGAGAGAGCAGAUGAAUCAAAGGCAGAGCAACCCCAGCAGGCCAAGGUCCCCCCAUCAGUACAGGCUAAAGUUGACCAACCCUCAUCAGAGCCUCCAAAAGGAGUAGUAUCCUCCCAACCAGCUCUCAAAGCAGGCCAGUCCACCUGUCCACUCUGCAAGGUGGACCUCAACAUUGACUCCAAGGACCCUCCCAACUACAACACCUGUACCGAAUGCAAGAACACUGUCUGCAACCUCUGUGGAUUUAACCCAAUGCCACAUGUUACUGAGGUGAAGGAAUGGCUGUGUCUGAACUGCCAGAUGCAGAGAGCUCUUGGGGGAAUGGAACCCCCAGAACCCCUCAUGAUGAAACCACAACCCUUACUCAACAAAGUUUCUACACCUGCUGCACCUCAAAAGGAGCCUCCGGCAACUCAAAAGGUGAAGGAGACUGCGAUACCUGCUGUAGAUCAGAAGAAGGCCGCCUCCACACUCCAAAAAGAAGAGACAACCACUCUUGCUGCACCACAACAGGAGACUCCAUUACCAGCCUCAUCCAAAAUGGGGGAGACACCAGUUACAGGUUUAAAGCAGGACACUCCAACAACAGAUUCACCACAAAAUAAAAAAUGUCCUACACCACCAGGUGUGUCUGUAACAGAUGAGGUCCCAACCACAGCUUUGCCUGUCAAGAAGGACAUUUCUGCCUCAGCCCUUAUCAAGGAGGAACCAACUUCUGCCUCCCCUCUCAUCAAGGAGGUCACUGGUUCACCUCUCACUAAGGGGGCACCAGCCUCACCUCAAAAUAAUAAGGAACAUAUACUACCAGGGUCACAAAACAGAAAGGUGUCCCCAACACCAGGUUCAACCCAAGAUAACUAUGCUGUACAAUUAGGUUUACCUCUGAAGAAGGAAGCACCAUUUUCAUCAGCAGUAGAGACUAAAGAGGUCCAACUUCCAGCUACAGUUAUAAGCAAUGAGGCACCUGUUCCAGAUUCACUCAAAACAAACGAGACAACAACACUUGGCUCCGCAAUGAAAAAAGAGCGUUCAUCUACUGAGAUCUCAAUUGACAACCAGAAACCUGCAAUUGUUCAGAAGUUAAUGGAGCCACCAGCCACACCUACAAACAAGCAGAACGAGGUUGUUCAACCCUUACAGCAGCCAGAAAAGAAAAUGCCUGCUGCACAGACUCUGGCACAAGUACAGCCCCAGGAAGCUCCAAAGUCAGACCCCAAAAUCACUCCCCCAAAGCAGGAGCUUGGGAAACCAGCCAGUUCAGCACCUGCUCAGAAGGCAAUAGAGAACCGGAGAACAUCAGAACCUCAGACACCACCACAGCAGCCCAGCCAGAGUAGUGCCAUCCCACCCACACAGCAACCCCCCAAGCAGGAGUCAGUGGGCUUCUUUGGCUUUGGUGGUCCCAAAUCUCAGUCUACCCCCUCAAAGCCUGAAGAGUCCGUGUCGGGUAAGAUGUUUGGCUUUGGCUCCUCCAUCUUCAGCUCUGCAUCCACUUUGAUCACCUCUGCUGUUCAGGAUGAGCCCCACACCACUCUCCCAGCUUCCCCCAUGGUGUCUGCACCGGCCUCUCCCAAGAUGCCCCCUGCAAAGGAGACCAAACCACCUGCUGUCCAGAAUGCAGAGGAGAAGAAAGCAGAGCAGCCCCAGCAGGCCAAGGUCCCCACAUUAUUACAGGCCAACGUAGAUAAACCCCCAUCAGAGCCUCCAAUGGGAGCAGCAUCCUCCCAACCAUCUCCCAAAGCAGGCCAGUCCACCUGUCCACUCUGCAAGGUGGACCUCAACAUGGGCUCCAAGGACCCUCCCAACUACAACACCUGUACCGAAUGCAAGAACACUGUCUGCAACCUCUGUGGAUUCAACCCCAUGCCACAUGAAACAGAGGUAAAGGAAUGGCUGUGUCUGAACUGCCAGAUGCAGAGAGCUCUUGGAGGAAUGGAACCCCCAGGACCACCGAUGAUUAAAUCCCAACCCUUGCAAAGCAAAGUCUCCACACCUGCUGCAUCUCUAAAGCUGACCCCAGCACCAGCUAAACCCCAAAAGGAGAUUCCAGCACCUGCGGCUGCCCAAAAAGAGAUUCCUCCACCCACUGUACCUCAGGAGACACUAAUAGCGGCUGGAACCCCAUCAACAGCUGCAGUCAAAAAGGAGGAGACACCAGCACCAGGAUCCCCACAAAACAAACAUGCUCCACCUGCUGUGGCUGCAAAGGACAAACAGGAACCUAUAAUUGUUCAGAAACCAGUGGAACAAACAAUUCCAGUGACACCCAUACCCAGUGGUGCUGCUACACCUGCACAACAGCCAGAGAAGCAAAUUCCUCCACUGCAACAGCCUUAUGCUAAGCCCCCACCACAACUACAGCCCCAGCAAGUUCCAAAGAUAGACCCCAAAACUGAUCCCCUAAAGCAGGAGCCUGGAAAGCCUCAACAACAGCUUCCAAAAGGUGGGACCUCUCCUGCCAAAACUGUAUCACAACCACAGGCCAAGCCCCCAAAGCAGUCAGGAGGCUUCUUUGGCUUUGUCGGUGAUAAAUCUCAGCCUGCUCAGUCAAAGCCUGAAGAUUCAGUAUCUGGGAAGAUGUUUGGCUUUGGAUCCUCCAUCUUCAGCUCUGCAUCCACUUUGAUCACCUCUGCUGUUCAGGAUGAGCCUCACACCACUCUGCCAGCUUCCCCCAUGGUGUCUGCACCGGCCUCUCCCAAGAUGCCCCCUGCAAAGGAGACCAAAACACCUGCUGUUCAGAAUGCAGAGGAGAAGAAAGCAGAGCAACCCCAGCAGGCCAAGGUCCCCACAUUAUUACAGGCCAAAGUGGACCAACCCCCAUUAGAACCUCCAAAGGGAGCAACAUCUUCCCAACCAGCUCUCAAAGCAGGCCAGUCCACCUGUCCUCUCUGCAAGGUGGAACUCAACAAGGGCUCCAAGGACCCUCCCAACUACAACACCUGCACCGAAUGCAAGAACACUGUCUGCAACCUCUGUGGUUUCAACCCCAUGCCACAUGAAACAGAGGAAUGGCUGUGUCUGAAUUGCCAGACACAGAGAGCUCUGUCGGGUCAGCUGGGAGACAUGGGGAUGAUGGCCCAGCCACAACUCACAAUGACUGGUGCCCAGCCCACACCACAGCCUGUAGCCACAUCCACCAGGACAGAGCCCCUGUUUCAAGCAGCAACCACAACCGAGGCCCAGGCUGUUCCUCUCAUAUCAGAGCCCAUUCCACCUACACUAACACCUGCUCUUGCACAAAAGGAGCUGGAGCCAACGGUGAAAGUCCCUGAGGCUGAAGCUCCCAAUGCGGUCGCAAAGUCUGAGGCUCCAAAGACAGAAGUUCUCAAGGUGAAGAACGCCAAGACAGAGGCACCAAAAAUGGAGUCUUCUGUGGCAGAAGUUCCUACAAAUGAGCUGCCCAAACCAGUGCCACCUAAAUCUGAACCACCCAAGACUCCAGUGGUAGCUGCUCCUGUUGUCUCCGUCCCAAUGACUGAGGCCAUGACUGCUCCUGCUCCUCUACCCACCACAGUCACUACUGCCAUUGCUGUCACUCCAGCCACUGCGAAGGCUAAGGCUCAACCAGCAGAGCUACCUAAACCAGCAGAGGAGAAGGUUGAGAAGCCUGCAGAGAAGGUUGAGAAGCCACUGAAGCAACAGAAACCAGUGCCUGUCACAGUGCCUGAGAGGGUAACUCCACAACCAGUCCCAACAGCUGAUACCAUCAAGAAAGAGGCCGCUCCAUUGGUUGAAAAGGUGGAUGAUGUCCUUCCUGAACCUCAGCAGAUUCUCACUGAGAAGGAGACUGUGGAGAAGGAGAAAGAGCCAACUGCAGACUCCCUCCUAGCAGACCAGGUAGUAGUUGAGGUACCAUCCAGCCCAGCCAGUCCAUUUGAGGCUGACACCAAGACUGAGGACCAUAGUAUCAAGUCCCAGGAUGGACCAGAUAUACUUCCUAUUUCACAGGGCUCCUACAGCUCAGAGGAAGAGCUGAAGGAGUUGCAGACAGACAGAAAUGUCCCUAUGAUUGACACGACCGCUGACACAGCCAUGCCUUCCAAGGAAGAGGUGAAUGUGGAGAAGAGGCGUCUGAAUUAUGUACAGAUGGAGGAGAGCAGUGGGAGCGAACCCUCUCCCUCGCCCCAGGUCCAGAGACGGAGGUUAAGUGCGAUAGCAGUCAGCACGGCAGCCUCAUCCAGUAGCGAGGACUACAAAGCAGACAGCCCAGACUCAUCUGUGGAUGAGGAGGAGUUCAUCCGCAGGCAGAUCAUGGGGAUGACAAGAGAGGAGGAGAUGUUUCUCUCAGAGGAGGAAAAAGAUGAGAAAGAGAGCAGAGAGGAGGAGACCAAGGAGGCUGAGGUGGAUAACGAAUCAGGCAAAUCCAAACUUCUGCUAAAGAAAGGCAUUAUGGAUAAUGAAGACAGCCCAGCCAGGAGACCAUCUCUUCCAGGAUCUGAGGCUAAAACCACUGCAGAUAGGUCUGAGCUCACCACCACUGUGUUUAAGAAAGACAUGACGUUACAGAGAACAAAGAGCACGGAUGAUGGAGAUGCUGAGGUGGAGAGCAUCACAGAGUCUCCGGAGGACAAAUCCAAAGGCGAGGGGUCAUCCAGUGUCCAGGUGUCCAGCUUCACCCCUGGAACCUCCCCCACCUCAGCCUCUUCUCUGGAGGAGGACAGCGACAGCAGCCCCAGCCACAAGAGGAGUGGGGAGGGGAAACAGCACCGCAAGGCCAAGCACAGGCAGGCAGGCCAGUCCCUUCCCACCAUCGAGGACUCGUCAGAAGAGGAGGAACUCAGGGAGGAAGAAUAUCACCUCAGGGAGCAGGAGAAACAGGAGUCAGACCAGCAGCAGGGGAAGAGGAGCUCCAAGAAGUCCAAGAGGGAUAAAGACGAACUACAGACUCAGAGGAAAUGGGAUAAGCCUGUAACCUCGCCCAGUAACCUGUCUCCUAUUGAAAACGCCUCACCCACUAUGGAGAUGAGGCAGGCUAGAGAGAUGGAAGUGUUUCACAAGUCCUCAGGCUCUGACUAUUCUCCUAGCAUGGAGUCUGAUUUUGAGGCGUUUCACACAGAGGCCAAGAUAGCUGUCCCAAAAGGACAGAAGUUCAGUACUGCAGAGCCACUAAAGAAUGCAGAGGAUAUAUAUGAGGAGAUGCUUCAGAAAGCUAGAUCUCCUAAAGGAGAGACAGAGCCAGUCCCUGAGAUAGAGCCACUCUACGGAGGCAUGGCCAUAGAGGACUACCUCUAUGAGUCCCUAGUGGAGGAGCCUGAAGCUAAACCUAGUUCAGCCCUACCGGAGCAGCCCAGUAAAGACCAUGCUAAAGAGCCAGGGAAGAAAAGUUUAAGAUCUCCUGAAGAGGUGUAUGAAGAGAUGAUGCUGAAGAAGAAGGAACUGAUGUUGAUAGAGCAGGAGUUUCAGAGGGCUCAGUCAGCGAUGGACACUCCAACUCCAGAAAUACAUGUGACUGCACCAUCCAGUGCUGCAGCUGAGAGCUGCAAAGUUGGUGAGGCAGAGGGAGAAAAGCCUAUGUUAGAUGCGGAUUCUACCUACGUUAAGAGGAAGAAACGUCCUGCUCCACCACGACCCUCUGAACCUCCUAAACGGCCCGAGGUCUACGUUGCCAAGCCAACAGUUCCUCAGGAUAUGACUAUGAGGAGGGCUCUUUUCCCCAUACCGGAUUUGAAGAUCACCCAGUGUUCCUCUGGAGAGGAUGAGACGGAUGAUAGUAUAAUAGAGGAGUAUGGAGUGGGAGUGUCCUCUGAUAUUACCCCUAGCGAUGAGUCUGAGACUAAAGAACAGGUAGAGUCCCCUCCAGUUUCAGAACAUACACCAAUAACAGAGGCAGCUGAGAUUGAACCCAUCAUUGUAGUGUGUGAGGUUCCCCAGGCGAAAGCUACUCCAGCUCCUGCCCCUGGGACAGUUCUAGCCACCAGUACAAUCACAACAACAUCACCAAUCUCUCCAGUAUCACCUCCCACCUCACCAGCAACUCCAGACUCAAGUCUAGCCUCCAAUGCUACUUCCUCCUCCUCUUUCCAAGCUCCAAGUCCUCUCUCCUCUGACUCUACUCCAGUGUCCACUCCAACACCAGACCUGGCCAAAGCUGCAGCUCCCUUCGCAGCUCAGCUGCCUGCUGAUAUCUCCCCUCCUUCUAUUGCUCCCAUUAUGGCUGUUUCUCCAACCACAGUUUUGGUCACAAUUCCAGAUGUGGUGACAGAUCCAACCCAAGCACCAACACCAGCUACAACUACAGUCCAUGCUUCUGCUCCACUAGCCCAACCCCAAGCCUCAGUCCCUGCCUCAGUGGUGAUGCACAUACCUGAUCCGGUUGUAAUCCAAAUGCCAGACCUGGUUACAUCUCCAUCCCAGAUGUCUGUUCAGGGUCCACCUUCUGUGCAGGUCACAGCCCCAACUCCAGUACCAAGCCCAGUACCUUCUGAAGCUACAUCUCCGGUCCCAGCUGCUCCCAGUGCAAUGUCAACUUCGGCUACAGUCUCUGCUCCAACUCCAGCCCCAGCUCCAGUUGUAGUCCAAAUGCCAGACCUGGUUACCAUCACCUCUUCAGUUUCACCCCAAGCCCCACUACCUGUGACAUCCUCGGCUACAGUGGUGCAUUCAGUCCCUGUCCAGACUGCUGCCCCACCUCCAACCCCAGUAGUAGUCCCAGCCAUAGGGACACGCCGAAUUCAGAGACAAGCCUCCACCAAAAAAGCCCCACCUCCUCCUCCACCUAGGUCUACAUCUGUCUCCCUGCCCCAAACCUCAGCAGAGCCUACCUCUAUCAGGGCCAUCCAUAAUGUCUCCCCGACCGUGACUACCACAAUAGCCAUGGGAGCAGCUCUGCCUGUGGUGGUGAAUGUACAGUCGCUAGUGGAGGAUGUCCGGCCAGAAGGUGUAGCUGGCUCUCAGGUUAUGAUGACCCCAACCAGACAGGGGCAUGUGGUCAUCAUAGUUCCCAAUGUGGAGAACAUGUCAGUGCUCAGCCAGACAACCCAAGACCUUGUGGCAAACUCAGUGGCAAUAACUACCACCUCUGCUGUGGUUGAUGGCAGUAGUCAGAUAGCAGCAAGGCCUGUGGUUGUCAGUGUUGCUCCUUUCUAUACUGCUCCCUCUGUUCCUGCUGUACACAGCUCAGACACAUAUAUACCUUUGGCAGAUACCCCAACACCUCCUUUCCCUCCUCCACCACCCCCUGCCACCUUACUAAAGCCAGCUGUUUAUCCCAAAAAGCCUUCCAUUUCCAUCCCACCUUCAGUCCCAACAUCAGUUCCAGUCUCAGCUGCUUUGACAAUGGCACAGGCAACUGUAACAACCCCAGACCCCAGUCCAGUACACAAGGCCCCUGCACCCCCUCCAGUCCCCCCCAAGCCUGUGUCCAUCCCUGCAGGGCUGGUGUUCAGCCACCGACCAGGGGAGAGUGUCAAACCUCCAGUGUAUCCCACUGCCAGCCACACACUUCCCACGACCAGAGAAGUGGUUCCGAAAGCCAGCUCAGCAGAGCCAUUCACAGCCACAACACUGCCCAGGACCAGAGAACCUCCCAAUGCCCUGUCUCUGAGUCUGACCACCCCAGUGGAAUCCAAGAUGAGUGCUACCUCACCCAGGUCCCCUCUUUCUCCAAGGAACGCCAAGUGUCUGGAGACGUAUGUUGUGAUAACUCUGCCCUCAGAGCCUGGCACACCCACAGAGGGAAUCACUGUCCAAGCCCCCAUCAGAAGAGGGUCCAUCCUCCCCUCUAAGCAGACAGGCCCGGGGGUUAGGACCACACCUUCAGAACAGCAGUCACCCAUUGAGGCCUUCUCAGCCCAGGACAAUGUCAGGAGAGCAUCAGUUCCCUCAUUGAGGCAGCCACCACCACCAGCAGCAACAAUAGGACCAGUUGAAGUAGCAGCACCCCUAGAGGUAGUCACUGUUCUAGCAACAGCAAGACGGCCUUCCAUACCAUCAGCUAUGCAGCCUCCAUACAGUAUGGCUGAGGUGGUGACAGUUUCAGCUGGGUCUGAGAUGCCUAUUCAGGUACACAAUGUCCCAGCUCCAAUCAAGAAACCGUAUAAACCUCCAACAGCCAAGCCACCGCAGACAGUGUCUGUGGUUAUGACGAUGCCAUCAGAGCCACGGGUUGCUGUAGAAGUGUCUGCAACUCAAGCCUCUGGUAGAAGGGCAUCAAUACCUGCUGUACCUCAGCAGCCACAAUAUGUGGCUGAAGUAAUGGCUUUACCAGCAGAGCUGGACAUACCUACAGAGGUUGUUUCAAUUGAGGCCAUGUCUGGAAGAGCAACAAUACCAUCAGAAAUGCAGCAACCACAAACCAUGGCAGAGGUAAUGCCAUUGCAGCAGGAAAUACCAAUGGGAGCUAUGGCCACCCAAAUCCAUGUAGAAGCUACACCCUCAACCAUGCAUCAGUCACCAUCUCUGAUAGAGGUGAUUUCAACUGAGGCUGUCUUUAGAAGAGCAUCAAUACCAUUGGAAAUGCAGCAUCCACAAACCAUGGCAGAGGUAAUGCCAUUACAGCAGGACACACCAUCAAUACGAUCAUCUGCACCACAACCACAAGGAGUGGCUGAAGGAAUGACAUUUCCUUCAGAGUAUGAAAUGCCUACGGAGGUUAUAACAACUGAGGCCACUACAACUAGAAGGACAUCCAUAUCCUCUGUAGCACAACAACCAUACACAUUUGCUGAAGUAAUGACUUACCCAUCAGAGUAUGAAACACCCACCCAGGUGGUUACAACUGAGGCUAUUUCCACUACAAAAAGAGCGUCUAUAACCAUGCAGCAGCUUCUAACUAUGGCCCAGGUUAUCACAAUGCCCGCAGAGGCAGAGGUACCUCUAGAGGCAUAUGCUGCCCAAGUUCAAUACAGGAGAGAAUCCAUCCCCUCAGCAGUGCAACCACCACAGGCAGUAUCAGAAGUCCUGAGUUACUCAUCAGAGUAUGAGACCCCCCAGGAGGUCAUUACAACUGAAGCCUACACCAGGAGAAUGUCAGUUCCCUCUGGCCAGGAGGUUCCCCAGACUGUCCCCGUGGCUCCAGUCACCAUCACCAGGAAGUUCCACCAGGAGUCGAUAGAGAGCCAGGAAAUCCGUGGGCCUGAGAAGGUGGUGUCCAGCCUGAGCCACGUGUACUCCUCCUCUAUCUCCACCUCAGCCCAGCCCCCAGAGAGACUGCCCAGCUUGGUCACUCAGGUGGUCACCACCGAGGUUCAGAGAACCACUGUGUCUGUGGUUCAUGAAAGGCUGCCCCAGGCUCCUGCGUCAGACGCAUUGGCCAUCCUUAUCCAGCCAGACCUGGCUAAAGUCCAGCCCUCUCCCAAACAGAACGGGAAGAUCUACUCCGGUGAUGCCAUUGACCUCCGCACCAUUAAGGUCGGUGUAAAGAUGACCGAUUCAGGGAUGGACUUGACGCCUCAGGAAUCGAGUCGCCAGUCUGUCUGUAGCAACUCUAGUGGCCGACAUACGGCAGUGCAGCCAGAGAUAGUGAACCUGAGUGCUGAGAUCACCCCUUCCACCACGUUGGCUGUUGUCACUGAUAGCAUCACUAUUGUCACCUGUUCAGCCACCAUUGCCUCCUACACCAGCGAGCCAGAAGAAAAGCCUUUAGAUCUGCAGGGUUAUGUUGCCUCCAUGCCUCUCCCUCUUACCACAUACAAACCAUUCGAGCCUCUGGCACAGAUAGUGUAUAGGCGUGUAGACUGUCCACCUAUCGUCAGCACGGUGAUAGCCAGAGACACAGAGACACCAAUUAACCUGUCCUAUGGAGCCUCCACAGUCGAUAGCAGGCUUCCAGUGACCAUGACCCCAGCUGUCAGCAAUGGGGGAACCAUGCUCUCAGAGCUGGCUGGGGCCGUGGACCUGUCCACCUCCAGACCCCUUAGGGCCAUGGUGGCUCUGUCCGGCACCAGCCCAGGUGUGGUGACUACGGUUGUAGAGGAUGAUGGGACGCCCAUAGAUCUGACAGCUGGGAAAAAUGUGUGCUGUGACGUCAUCUACAAGCUACCCUUCACAGGGAGCUGUAGGACCCAGCCACCAGUUAUUACCCAGCCUGACAACCACUUCGGCUACAGAGAUGACCACUACCAGUAUGAUCAUGCUGGGGUCUAUGGAAUCAAGGUCUUGAACGGCAAGGCCAUGUCUGAGACCAAUCUGGCUGAUGCAGGACUCUUCCUCUAUAAUGGAAAGACCGAAUAUGACUAUAAAGUCUUGGACAGUGCGGUAGACCUGACAGCUGGUAAUAUAUCCGCAGGUGAAGCUCUAGACUACACUAGUAAAGCUGCUGGGGCCUAUACUGGGAUAUCCACUGCUCCAUAUUCCCAGGUCCCUGCUUAUAGUGUCCUUAGAUCCACAGACGGAAUGGUAUACUCCUCCAUAGCAGCCCCUGUUCCUUCUACAUAUGCCAUCACCACCCAGCCAGGGUCCAUCUUCAGCACCACCCUUCCCCCUACCACCACCCUCCAGGAGCAGCCAGCCCAAGCUCCAUACCCCUAUGGCUUCAUCCCCACCACUGACCCUGGCAACCAGAUCAUCAGCCUGGGAACUGGCCUGCCCAAGGACCUGCUGCCCAGCGCUCUGGCUGACAUCAUGACUGGCUUCCCUGCCCUAUACUCUGACCAGACCUUGGAGGCCAUCGCAGCCUCUCUGGAGGCCCUGGCCUCGUUGCCCAUGUUCCCCGGCCUGGAUGACAGCAAGAUCACCCAGUACCAGAUGGAGAGGGAGUUCCUGCAGCUGGAGAAGCUGAAGCAGCUGUGUCUGGCAGAGGAGCUGGAGUGGGAGAGGCAGGAGAUCCAGCGCUACCGCGAGCAGGAGCAGAUCAUGGUGCAGAGGGAGCUGGAGGAGCUGCAGGCUCUGAAACAGAAGUUGUUAGUUCAACAGGAAGAGGAGCACCAGGCACACCUUGUAGCACAGCAGGAGACCUACAACCAGCAGAGGGAACAGCUAGAGCAGAUCCAACAGCUCCAGGUGCAGCUACAGCACCAGCUAGAGGAGCACUACGGUACCACAGGAAACUCAGAUAACCUGCUAGAGGCACAGUAUGCAGGGGUGGGGGAUAGCGGUCAGUACUGGCCUGUUAGGGAUGAGUCCACCACCUCAUCCACUGUCAUCCAGCUAGAAGGUGGGGUGCAGUAUGUGACCGGUGAGGGUCAGAGAGAGGUUGGCGGUCAGGACCAGCUGCAGCUCAGUAGGAAACAGUCGGCAGGGUCUAAGCAGCCUGGUGACCAGGGGUAUGGUACAGGAGUGGUAGGGAAGAGGAUAGUGGACAGUGGGGUCCAGACAGACGAUGAGGACUCAGUAGACAGAACAUAUGUGGGGAGGAGGAAGAGGAACCACAGGGGGAGGGGUGUAGACAGCAGUGUUCAGACUGAUGAUGAGGAGGACCAAGAGGAUGAGUGGGACAUGCCAACCAGGUCGCGGCGGCGCUCCCGCUCCAGCAAGCACAGUGGUGAGGGGAAACACGGUGGCUCUAAGGUCUCCAGCAUUGCCAUCCAGACUGUGGCAGAGAUCUCUGUCCAGACCGACCACUCUGGCAGCAUCAAAUGCCCCAGCAUCCAGAUGGACACUAAGGUGGAGAUCAUCAAACAUAUCUCAGCCCCAGAGAACUCUCAGAGAGGAGGCAGCCUCAGCUGCCAGACAGACACAGACCGCAGGCGCCACUUGCCCGUAGAGGUGGGCUACAGCGCCUACCUGAAGGCAGACCUCGCCCCCAAGUCCCCCAAAGUGCUUUACUCUCCCGUGUCCCCCCUCUCCCCGAGUAAGGCCAUGGAGGAGGGGCAGAAGAGGCUGACCACUGACCCGUCCAGGUUUUCCAACGGACCUAGGAUGCUGAAGCCUGGACCGAAGUCUCUGGCUGACCCCAAGUCUCUCAGCCCCACCCCCGAAGACAGGAUAGGCUACCACUACACAGAAACCUACUCUGGCCAGGGCUCUCCGUCAGGCACUGGAAAGAAGGUGAAGAGGACCUUACCCAACCCUCCCCCGGAGGAUGACCCUCUGACUGGCCCAUCAGGCUACAGCGCCAACUCAGCGCGCCGACGUCUCGGCCGUCACACCACCAUGGCCCGGGCCAAGAUCUUGCAGGACAUCGACAAGGAGCUGGACCUGGUGGAGAGAGAGUCAUCCAAGCUCCGCAGAAAACAGGCCGAGCUAGACGAGGAGGAGAAAGAGAUUGAUGCCAAGCUGAGGUAUCUGGAGAUGGGCAUUAACCGUCGUAAGGAUGCCCUGCUGCAGGAGAGGGAGAAGAGGGAGAGGGCCUACCUGCAGGGUGUGGCUGAGGAGAGAGACUACAUGUCGGACAGUGAGGUCAGCAACAUCAGGGAGACCAGAGGGAACAGCCACGGCCUGGAGAGACCCAGGACAGCUCCACAGUCAGAGUUCGACCAGUUCAUUCCCCCUGAAACUGAGGCUGACUCCCAGUACUCCACUCUUACCAGUCCCUACUCCCACUACACCCAGUAUGUCCCCCAGACCCAGGCCAUCAGCCACUACCCCCAGCAGACCCUGUACCAGCAGCAGGCCCUCUACCAACAGCACCCCUACCAGAGCCAGACAGUCUACUCCUCUGUGCCAAGCCUGUCCUACCCCCAGGCCUCCCACUCCCACCAGCAGGCCCAGUCCUCAGGCUACCAGUCCAAGAACACCACCAACUACGAGGUGAUCCGGAACCAGCCCAUGAUCAUCGUACCCUCCUCCAGCGAGGGGGGGUAUGGGGUGGGGAAGUACGGUAGCCUGGAACUAAGGAUGGGCCUGGAGGAGAGGAGCAUGGCCUCCAGCCCCAUGUCUAGUAUAUCUGCUGAGUCUUUCUACGCUGACAUCGACCACCACAAUGCCAGGAACUAUGUUCUGAUAGAGGACAUAGAGCAGCUGACUAAAGGCUCUACAGCGCUGGGCUCUGCAGGGCUGGGGUCAGGGUUCAGUCUGCCUGAUAAGGACCUGUCUAAGGCUGACAGGCUGCUCCGGGCCGCCGAGGCCAGGCGCACUGCAGAGGUUGCGGAGUUCCUUGGUAACUCGCGUCUGCACAGCUACGGUAAAGGAGAGGAGGACUCUAUGGAGGAGCCUUAUGAGCUGAAGCUCCUGAAGCAACAGAUAAAGCAGGAGUUUAGACGAGGGACGGAGGGUCUGGAGCACCUCUCAGGCCUGGGCAUGCCCCAGUACCUCCCCACUGACCCCAGCUACAGACACUUCCCUAAGGCUGACAAGUACAGCAUCAGCCGGCUGACCUUGGAGAAACAAGCUGCCAAGCAGCUCCCUGCCGCAGUGCUCUACCAGAAACAGAUCAAGAACCAGAAGAAGGCAACCCUGAUGGACCCCAAGACAACCAAGUUCUCUUCCAUCCAGGAGAGCAGAGACCUGGAGCCAGACUACAGCAGCUUCCUGGGCUCUGGAGCCUCGUCUGUCACCAACCUGUCCACGCGAGCCAGACUGCUCCAGGAUGAGAUCACCUUUGGCCUGAGGAAGAACCUGUCUGAGCAGCAGAAGUACCUGGACUCUUCCCUGGGAUCUAACCUGGCUGGCUCUCUGGGCCAGAACCUGGGCCAGUCCCUUGGCCUGGGGGGACCCACCAUGAGGACUACCCUACAGGACGACACCACCUACCCCAGCGGCACGCGCUCUCGCCCCUCCUCCCGCCCCAACUCCCGUCCCACUUCCGUCUAUGGCCUGGAUCUGUCCAUCAAACGGGACCUUUCCAGCUCCUCUCUCAGGCUGAAGAUUGAGGGAGAAGCAUUGGACGCAGCGUUCGGCACGGGGGCGGCCAGGACCAAGCCCACCAGCCUGCCUAUAAGCCAGAGCCGCGGGCGCAUCCCCAUCCUGACUCAGAACUCAGAGGAGGAGAGCCCUCUGAGUCCUGUGGGAGAGCCCAUGGGCAUGGCCAGAGCCUCAGCCGGCCCUCUACCACCUAUCUCAGCUGACUCUGCCUGAGAGACCAGGACAUUUGGCUCUCCUGAGGCUGUCACGGAGGUCCAGCAGCACAUGUUUAGGGAGGAGUCCAGGGCUACACUGGGACAUACUGUAGACAUAGCCUUCAUCAUGGACGACCUGGGAGGAGCCAUGUCUGACAGCGAAGCCCUAACUGACUCCAUGCUGACUCUGAACAGAGAUGAUCCCAGAAUCUUUCAUGAGAGUAUCAGACACGCGUACCACCUGAGGAGGGAGGACACUGACUGGUUUGAUAAGCCUGCAGAGAGACAACAUCAGAAAAAUGGACAGCCUCUGGACAGGAGACAGAUUAAGCUGAUUCCCUAUGUGUUCCCUCACACCCGGCUCAAACUACAGAGGGACCCCAAGGACACCAGUGUCUCAGGGAAUGGCCUGGGGAUCCGUGUGGUGGGAGGAAAGGAGAUUCCUGGUUGUCAUGGUGAGAUAGGAGCCUACAUCGCUAAGGUUACACCCGGAGGAGUGGCCGAACAGACAGGGAAAGUGGUGGAAGGAAUGCAGGUGUUGGAGUUGAACGGGGUUCCUCUGAUGGGGAAGACUUACGAGGAGGUGCAGUGCAUUAUGGGUCAGCCGUCUGCAGAGACUGAGCUCUGUGUGAGACUUGACCUGAACAUGCUGUCUGACCCUGAGCAUCCCCAGGCCCUGGAGAACAAUGACCAGCUGAAGCCUGGUGACAGGCAGUGUUCUCCAGGAGUGGACCCUAAGCAGCUGGCUGCAGAGCUGCAGAAGUUUUCCCAACAGCAGGCCCCUGGGAUGGGGGUAGGAAUGGGGGUGGGGGUGCCAGGAGGAGUAGGGGUCCUCUCUGCCCUUGACCGCUCAGCUCUGUUACACUCAGGCAAUGCAUCGGCUAGCUCUAGUGACGUCCCCAGCCCCGGUCAGCCUGCCUCCCCAGCCAUCAACAAGAAACAACGCCACAGCGCCAAGUCGGCAGCAGAUGUGCAGGUGCUAAAGUCUCAGCCUCACCCUAUAACAGGAGAAAUACAGCUCCAGAUCAACUAUGACAGGAACCUGGGGAACCUGAUAGUGCAUGUGCUCCAGGCCAGGAACCUGGCUCAGAGAGAUCCCAACAGAUACUCUGACCCCUUUGUCAAGGUUUACCUCCUACCAGGGAGAGGACAAGUCAUGGUAGUCCAGAACGCAAGUGGUGAGAACAAGAGGAGGACCAAGUAUGUUCAGAGGAGUCUGAACCCAGAGUGGAACCAGACCGUCAUCUACAAGAACAUACACCUGGAACAGCUGAAGAAGAAGACUCUGGAGGUGACAGUGUGGGAUUAUGACAAAUCUUCCUCCAAUGACUUCCUGGGAGAGGUGUUGAUAGAUCUGUCUAACACAACUCAGCUGGACAACACUCCUCGCUGGCUGCCUCUGAAGGAGCAGAGUGAGAGCAUUGAGCAUAGCAGAUCACAUCACACCGCCCAGGGGUCUGGGGGGCCAGGAGCAGGGGCAGGGCCGGGACAGGGGCCCAUAGCGGGGCAAGGACCAGUCAAGGACAUGGGGCCAGGAUUAGGACAAGGACAAGGCCUAAUGCAUGGACAGGGACAGGGGCAGGGGCAGGGGCAGAUGGAGGAGUGCCUUGAGUCCCCCAAGAACUCAGUGAUAAAGAGCAGAAGCCACGGGAUCUUCCCUGACCCAGCAAAAGACAUGCAGAUGGUGACUCUAGAGAAGUCCCACAGUAGUCCCGGCAGCUCUAAGUCAUCGUCAGAUGGCCAGCUUCGUUCCCACGGUCCGUCCCGCAGCCAGAGCAAGAGCAGUGUCACGCAGGCCCACCUGGAGGAUGCUGGGAUAGCUAUAGCUGCCGCAGAGGCCGCUGUGCAACAAGCCCGCCUCCAACCGAGACCAGGCCACAGGUUGGGGGAUGUGUCUGGGCCGGUGGUGUCCUCAGCCCCCAAUCUGCUGGAGGGGUAUGGGGGUCUGGAUGGAGAAGAGGGGGCUGGCACAGGGGUCGACAGCGCCAUUUUCCAGGUCCCACACAUAGGGAAGACCAUCCCCAACGGCAUUGACAAGUCUAGAGGACUGCCACUCUCGCUAUCGGACAAUGAGGGGGGUGGGGGUAAGACCCAGAUGAUGGGGGAGAUCAAGGUGGCCUUGAAGAAGGAGGUGAAACAAGAGGGAGACCAGCUGGUCCUGGAGGUUCUACAGUGUAGAAACAUCACUUACAAGUUCAAGAGCCCAGACCACCUACCAGAUCUCUAUGUGAAGCUGUACGUUGUUAAUGUGGCGACUCAGAAGAGGAUCAUCAAGAAGAAGACAAGAGUGUGUCGACAUGACAGAGAACCCUCCUUCAACGAGACCUUUAGGUUCAGCCUCAACCCCACCGGACACUCACUGCAGUUGUUCCUGGUGUCUAACGGGGGUAAGUUUAUGAAGAAGACCCUGAUAGGAGAGGCCUACAUCUGGCUGGACAAGGUGGACAUGAGGAAGAGGGUGGUCAGCUGGCACAAACUGCUGGUCAAUUCCACACACAACCAGUCCUGAGAGUUCAACUUGAAGUCACAGAGAGGUCAACCAGAUGUCAGUGAAGGUCAAUGAAUAGUAUUGGUCAGUGGUUGCUCGUAGAGGAAGACGAAAAAGAGGAAAAGGGAUAUGAGUUGCGUUACAGAGUGCCCUUCAUCUCCUUUGUGUUAUUGUAUGAAUGAAUGAAUGAAGGAAUGAAGGAAGGAAGGAAGGAAGGAAGGAAGGAAGGAAGGAAGGAAGGAAGGAAGGAAGGAAGGAAGGAAGGAAGGAAGGAAGGAAGGAAGGAAGGGGGCCUAUCCCCUCACACUGUCAUACAUGGACUGUACCCUGAUUCUUUAUUGGAUUGUAACAGCCAGAGACUCAAUCCUGCUAUCUGAUUGGACCAAAUAUUCAGAGACUGUACCCCGGAUUGGAUAGAGGCUGCCAGCACACACACACACGCACACGCACACGCACGCGCACGCGCACACACACACACACACACACACACACACACACACACACACACACACACACACAGAGAGAAAUGAAGAAGUCCCCUUAUCUGCUGUAAGAGGACACACACAUCUCACUAUCUCCCAGCUCUCUGCUGUGCAAGUCGGAUGCAAAACCUGACGUCAAUCAGGACUGUGCAGCAAUACCACAGAGUAAUUACCAUGCCAGAACUACUCCUUUCUGUUUUGUCUGGAUCUGAUGCUGUUGUCUAUGGUUUAUCAUAGCCUCCACUUUAAGAUCUUUGUGAUCUGUCUGUCAUUCAGUCAGUCGGUGCGGUGCAAAUCAAUGUAUUUGUUUUUUGUCCUGAGCUGCUUGACAAAGUAUGGAAUGUUUGUUGUAUGAUACUAUUCAUGUAAUGUAAUGUAAAAAAACACACAAAAAAACAAGGUGUAUGUACAUUGAAAAUCUAUGGUUGAUAUUGCAGUAACUGAAGCUGACAUUAUCUGAACACUUCCGUCCAGUAGGUGGCGGUAAUUCCCUAUUACAGUUAGUUGUCAACCGCCGUAAAACUCCAACUCGACCUUACCUGGACAAGUGUUAAUGUACAUUCAGAUGUAGAUAGAUAUAUGUCUGAAUAUUAAAUAUAUCAAAGACACACUGUACAGAGAAAUGUUAUUUAUGAACAUAGAGUUUAUAACAAUAAAACAUACAGAUAUUGCAGAUGAUGCGAGGGGUCUCCUCAUGUGCAGUUUAUUCUAAAGACUAAAUGUAUUCUGUACAGAAGGUAUGUAUGGAAGGAGCACAGACAAUCCAAUCACUUUAGCUCUGACGUUAUGCAGUUAUACUGGGUGUUAUUCAUUGGAAAAAAUAGGAAAAUGCAGUUCAAAUGGUGAAUGUAGAACUCAUUUUACAACUGAGACAUUAGAGGAGAACUUCCACAUGGCUAUCCCUCCUCUUACAGGUGGGGAGAAGAUAACAGAUAGAAAGGGGAUGUCAGGUCCCUUCCCCUUCAAGCUAUCCCCUAUUAUGUCCUGAAUGUUACUGACUGGGGAAGAUCAUGUGAUUUUACUGGACUCAUCUGACUUGAUGUUUUUGUGUUGUAUUUCACACACAUGACUGGAGGCUUAAACAAUAGCUCUUGUUUGAGAGAGAAACCUGGAUUGCUGGCCACUUUGCCCGACCUGCAAUCGGACAGAGGGAUGUGUGGCAUCUCUCUGGUGAAGUGCUCUGCUCCCCAGACUGAGCUGCUCACCUGUCCUAUGUCAAAGCAACAGGUAAACACACCUGUCCUCUCGGUGUGUGACAUCACAGUCUGGUUCUGUAUGCUGUGUGUGCCAUCACAGUCUGGUUCUGUAUGCUGUGUGUGCCAUCACAGUCUGGUUCUGUAUGCUGUGUGUGCCAUCACAGUCUGGUUCUGUAUGCUGUGUGUGCCAUCACAGUCUGGUUCUGUAUGCUGUGUGUGCCAUCACAGUCUGGUUCUGUAUGCUGUGUGUGCCAUCACAGUCUGGUUCUGUAUGCUGUGUGUGCCAUCACAGUCUGGUUCUGUAUGCUGUGUGUGCCAUCACAGUCUGGUUCUGUAUGCUGUGUGUGCCAUCACAGUCUGGUUCUGUAUGCUGUGUGUGUGUGUCUUAAUGUCGUCACACAUGGCCUAUUUUCCUCUCAAAGAUUAGCGUAAAAAGAAAGUGUGAACUGUUCUUUUAAAAAUCAAUGUGUGGUUUGUUUAUUAACAUCCAACAUCAUGCUGUACACAGUACACUGUAAAUUGUACACUGUGCAGUCGGUGUCAGUGUACGUGGGGGUAAUGCAACAACACAGUGAACCAGCCUGUGGCACUGUCUCUGCUCAAUGCUCUAAGUCAUUACCUAUGGCCCAGUCAUCACAUAUGGCCGGGACAUGCUGAUACACACUUAUAUACAGUAUAGGUCUAUGUUACUGUCAGUCAUCACUAUAGUAGCCUGGUUUACUUCUCGGUUCAGCUAUUACAUUCCAUUCCUUGUACUCUGUGUCUUUGGUAAAUGACAGGAGUGGCAGGGAGGGGAAUAUUAGCUAAAAAAUAUUUGUACCCAGACUAUGAAUAUAUCAUAGUAAAGAACAUCACCAGGUGACCCAACAGACCUACUACCCUCAACCCGACUGCUAGUGUCUAGGCAUAUCACUGAGGAACUAGGGGUGACAGAUGCAAUUUCCUAAUACAUAAAGUCCAUAUCAGAGGCUCGAAAUGCAGACACUGAGUCAAGAUGUCAGAAUGUUCAUGAGUCAAGAUGUCAGAAUGUUCAUAAAAACAAAAAAUAAACAUGAUUUUAAAGAAAGGUAAAAAAGUUUUACAAAAAUUUAAUUGUCGUGCCAACCUUAUUUUGUAAGCAAACCCAUUGGUUCUGUUGAAGUAAUUCUAUGCAACAUAGACUUUGUGUUUGAAUGCAUUUUCUUAACAUGUAAUAUCAGUGAACAUUGCGUCUGAAAAUAUGUAUCUUAUGAAGAGAAUUUUGAUUUAUUUUGAUUUAUAUAUUAUUAAAGAAAAAUAGAAAAAAAUAUAGAUACAUUUUUUUACUACCUGUAUACAAUCAUAUACACAAAGCUUGUGCACUUUAGUAUUACAUUGUUGACUGAUUUCCUUGUUCCGUGUAAAGUGUCAUGACAUGCAAGUUGAAGUGGCUGUUCCAGUUAAUGUCUUUAUGUUGAGAUGAUUUUGAGUUUGUGAUGUAUGAAGGAGUUCAUAUGACACAUGAAUUUACAUGGCAAAAGAAAAACUCAAAUGAAAUCUACAAUCACAGACAAUUUAAGGUACAUAUUGCUUCAUAUCUGAGGAGACACCAUCAAACUGUAUGGUUGAUAUAACCACCAACACAUGUAUGUAUAAAUCCAUGAUGUUCAGUCUGAGAAGAAUUAUGAGGUCAUUUUCAAAGCUCAACUCCAGGUUUGUCCCCCCCUUCAUGUUCUCCUCAGAUUACACUCAGCUAGAUUGUCAAUUACCAUUGUCGCUCAGUCCGUUCCGAGUAACCAUGAAACCAAUCAAACGUGUGUAUCUGUGAGGGGUGUGAAUGUGGCGUACUCAUCUGAUCUAUGUAAAUAUAAAGUGUUUUUAUUUUCUACAGAGAUUGAUUGUUCGUAUUGUCUGAGGUUUGAGCAUGUGAGUGUAAAACAAAAAUACAAAACACUUAAAACCUGUCUGUCUGUCUGUCUCUAGUGGUGUGUGUGAGAAGGUGAUUAUGUGAUCUGACCGUGCGUUGUCAACCCAUGGUUGUCUGACUGUAAAACUAUGUCAAAGAUGCCCAGCCAACCAGAGGGGACAAAUCUACUUAAUUUCAGUUGUUUGAGACUUCCUGUUACCACACUGGAUGUUGCAUGUCUGUCAAUAUUUUGCUUCCAGAUAUGUUCAAAAAGAGGGAGAUAAUAUGUAUAGAUUUAUCGGAAGUUGUAUGCCGACUGUAUAAAGAUUAUGCUUGUAAAAUGGUCUUGUUUUUCACUCAGUGUAAAAAUGGGGAAAUCUAUCGUUCUGGUUUUGUGGUUGUACACAGGAUGUGUUAAGAUAUUAUUAUGCAAAUUGUGCUGUAAAAAAGGCUGUUUCCCUAAAAUCUAAAGAAUAAAUAUAAAAAGAGAUUUAUUCCACAACCUAAA